AUGGCUGUGUUCAUGACAGCUGCUCAGAUCGAGACCAUGGUGAACCAGCUGGGACCCAGACAGGACACCAGUGAACUGCAAGAUCGGUUUGUAACGACCUGCCUACGAUUCCUGACAGCAUGGUCAAGUACUUCCGCCCUGUUGGAGUACUGCAAGGACGGUCUGCUGGUCUGUGACUUUGACUGUUCUGCUCCUCCGGUCAGUGCACCCACUCCAAAAAAGAGGAAGCGUUCUGACCAGCAGGAAGACGACCGGCCAUAUGUUAAGAAACCACCCAACGCUUUUAUGAUUUUUCUGAAGGAGCAGAGGCUAAAAGUGAUGGCUGAGUGCAGCAUACGCGAGAGCACAGCUGUGAAUACAGCUGUGGGAGAGAGGUGGAAGUCGCUGACCAAGGACCAGCAGGAGGAAUACUACAAGCAAGCUGAGGAACAAAGAAUCCUCCACGCCCAGCAGCAUCGUGAAUGGUCACCCAAAGAUAACUACGGCAAAAAAAGAAGGAAAGUCAGAUGUUCCACCUGCAGCACAGUUUAGCUCGAACACCUCCAUCCCAUCCUUCCUGCCACAGAGUCUCAGGAGCCCAUCGAUCCAACCAGACCUCUGAACUUUUUACUCAUUAACAAUUUAUAAUUACUCAUUAGUUGUAUUUACUCAUUAGUUGUAUUUACUUAUUAACAUUUUAUUUACAUAUUAACUUAUUGAUCUGUGCUAUUAGUGCUUUUGUAAAAAAAA